AUGUUUACCGCGACCAAAUUGCAAACCGCAUCCUAUCUUCUGGGUGUUUGCCUCUUCUCAAUCUCCUUCCUCGUCUUUCUAAACUCCUCAAUAUCCUUUGUGGUCACAGACCUAAUCAAUCUCCCAAGCGGGGAGGGAGAUGCUGUUGGUACUCUCGGGUUUGCGGACGAGCUAUUUGCUCUCAUAGCGUGCCCGGUAUGGGGAAUACUGUCGGAUCGGAUAGGCGUCAGAUAUGUAUGCUCGGUUGGGUACGCGAUCAUUGCGCUGGCAUUGGCCCUCAUCGUGCAAGCACGAAAUGUCUAUCCGCAGCUCCUCCUAGGCCGACUCCUGUUUAGCCUUGGUGGAUCAGCGGUAACCACUAUGGUAACUGCUGUCCUUCCAGCUAUAACAGCAAACCAUGGCUUCUUGAGUAAAGUCUCCUCAAUGAACCAUAACUCCGGAGAACCUACACCCAGUCCUCCUCGACCUGGUGAAUCUGAGAGAUGUAGUGGCCAUGCACCCAGAUCAUCUCACUCUUCAGAGUUGACGAUAACUCCUGCCCUUUAUCAGAUGGGUUUACGAAAUUCAGAAGUAGUCGAAAAAGCACCAGAGAGGAGCUCAACCUCACAUUUAGCUGGUAUUGUCGGCAUGCUUACGGGCUGCGGUGCCGUUGUCGCGUUGUUGAUUUUUCUACCUCUUCCAGCAUGGUUUGAAAAGUCUGGGCAAUCUCCGGUUCAAUCAAUCAGAUUAAGCUAUUACAUAGUUGCUGUGCUUGCAUUUAUAGUUUCGUUAGCCUGUCUUAUUGGCCUACGACAUUUGCCUGAUGAUCGGUACACGGGCUGGAGGUCACUAUUCAGAUCGCCUAAGGCUCAUCCAUCGGACGAAUCAGAGCCUACUACAACUUCCAGAUCAUUCUUAUUAUCUUUUUUUCCAAAAGCAUACCUAUCACUGUUCAGCGCAGCAUUCCUCCUUGGAUUCAAGCAGCCAGGUAUCGGACUAGCUUAUUUGGGUGGAUUUGUUGCUCGGGCCUCUACCGUUGCCAUUUCUCUAUUCAUUCCCCUGUAUGUUAAUCAGCAUUACAAACAUUCUGGCCUCUGCCAUGGGGGGAAAGAUAAUGUCCAAAUUCAUAUAUUGGAGACAGAUCAGGGCGGAAUAAGAAAGUCAUGUCCCAAGGCCUACAUUGUGGCCUCAAUUCUUACUGGUGUUGCACAACUUAUCGCUUUGUGCUGCGCACCAAUCUUUGGUUAUUUCUCAGCAAAAUCGACUCGACACAACAUUCCCUUACUCUCCGCCGCUUUGAUUGGAAUUAUUGGCUAUAUUUUUCUAACCCUCCUACCAACCCCUCAGAUACAUGGCCCUGAAGGAAGCCCAGUCAUCUUCAUUUCCAUGGCGUUCAUUGGGAUUAGCCAGAUUGGUUCGAUCGUCUGCAGCCUUGCAGGUCUCAGCAUCAGCGUCAUUGAAUCCAGUCAACUCCGAGAUGCGUCGUUAGAACAUGGCUCGGAAGGACGGCAAGUUCAUUCGACGGGCCAGACAGAUUCAGAUGGGCCACUAGGCGCCAGGACUUCAGUUACAAAUGAACAAUCUACUCUUCUUCCAAAGCCGAUGUCGCCGUCUGCAAACGCCAACAACCUAGUCCAUCUCAAGGGGUCUGUGGCUGGGAUGUAUUCCCUAUACGGAGGCGCAGGCAUUCUGAUCCUCACGAAAGUUGGGGGUCUCCUCUCAGACAAAGUUUCCCCCAAAUCGCCGUUCUACAUUCUCGCUGGCUUCAACGGAGUGCUCUUGAUAGCCGGUAUCGUAAUUGGUGCGUGGCAGAAGUGGAAUUCUCUCAAGGGCCUCUAG